AUGUUAAGUAGUUUAUUCAUUCUUACUGAAACUGGUGAUAUUAUCAUUGAAAAACAUUGGAGAGGGAUUAUAAAUAGAUCGAUAUGUGAAUACUUUUGGGAUCAAAAGUUACAAUCGGAUAAGGUUGCACCGGUGAUAACGACACCUAAAUACUAUCUAGUCAACAUUCAUAGGCCAUCGAUCUAUUUGUUGGGUGUCUUGCAAUCAGAGUUUCCACCUCUAUUGGUCAUCGACUUUUUACAACGUAUAUACGAUAUAUUCAUCGACUACUUUGGUCCAACCAUCACCGAGAAGAUGAUCAAAGACAACUUUGUACACGUCUACCAACUCAUCGAAGAAAUGGCCGACAAUGGUUUCCCAUUCACCACCGAACCAAACUUUUUAAAGGAAAUGAUCAAACCUCCCGGCGUACUCUCAAAUGUAUUCCAAGGUGUUACCGGUCAAUCAAAUGUUACUGAUUUAUUACCAAGUACGACACUAUUGUUAAUAUACAUUUAUUAUGGAUCACUUGGAGCUAUUCAAUGGAGAAAGACUGGAAUUAAAUAUGCAUCAAAUGAGAUAUUUUUCGAUAUUAUUGAAGAGAUUGAUUGUAUUAUUGAUAGUAAUGGAUUUAUUGUUUCAUGUGAAGUAAAUGGAGAAUUACAAGUGAAUUGUAAAUUGACGGGAAUGCCAGAUUUAACAUUAACAUUUAAUAAUCCAAGAAUGUUGGAUGACGUUAGUUUCCAUCCAUGUGUGAGAUACUCGCGAUGGGAGAAUGACCGUGUACUCAGUUUUAUUCCACCCGAUGGCUCAUUCAAGCUGAUGAACUAUCGUGUCAAGGGUAUCACUCAACUACCGGUCUAUGUCAAACCACAAAUCUCGUUUGGCGAGGGUGGUGGUCGCGUCAAUGUGUUGGUGGGCACUAAAAACGUACAAAAGACAGUCGAGAAUGUCAUCAUCACCAUCCCACUCCCCAAGAGCAUAUCAUCGACCAAUCUCACAUGCAAUGUCGGUUCGUUUGCCAUCGACGACCAAAAGGUGUGCAAGUGGAACAUUGGCAAGAUUCCCAACAACAAAACACCCAUGCUCAGCGGCAACAUCAUCACUUUGGCCGGCCACCCACCACCCGAUUCCAACCAACCAAUUACUGCUCAAUUCAAAAUCGGUCUCUUUUCCAUCUCUGGUCUUUCAGUUGACUCUCUUGCCUGUAGCGAGAAAUAUAAACCAUACAAGGGUGUUAGAGCUAUUACCAAAUCUGGUAAAUUCCAAGUUCGUGCUUAA